UGUGGAGCGGCGUUGGUCCAGCCGUUGUCAUUUCAACCGUCUUCAAGUCAUCAGCCUUUCUAUUAGUCAAGAUGAGUGAUAAGCCAGAUUUGUCUGAAGUGGAGAAGUUCGACAGAUCAAAACUGAAGAAAACUAAUACUAAAGAAAAAAAUACUCUUCCCUCAAAGGAAACUAUCCAGCAGGAGAAAGAGUGUGUUCAAACUUUGUAAGAUGGGAAUCUCCUCCCAAGUGCAGUUUUCAGCAAUGCUUGAGUGUCAUGGUUUUGGGCUUGUUUUUUUUUUGUUUUUUUGUUUUUUUGUUUUUUUGUUUUUUUUUGUAAACCUAUGUGCUUGUAGAGGUUUUAGGCACCUUCUGAUACUUCACACUCAUACUCCCUGGCUAAGAAGUCAGGAGUAGCCAAUGUUCCCUUAUAUUCAUUUUUAAACUUCCAUUGGUACAUAAACUCCAGCUGGCAAAUGUCCAUAAUCUCACCAUUGAUGACCUUU